AUGGCCACCAAAACCCCCAUCACAACCGACAAAGCCCCCAAGGCCCUCCCCGGCAUCUAUUCCCAAGCCAUUGUCUCCAACGGUGUCGUCUACUGCUCUGGCUCGGUAGCUAUGGACGCAGAAACCGGCAAGAUCAUUGAUGGCGAUAUCAAAGCGCACACGCAUCAAUGCAUCAAAAACCUCGGAAACGUUCUCGAAGCCGCCGGUAGCGAUCUCACCAAGGUCCUCAAGGUUACUGUGUUCUUGUCGAAUAUGGAUGACUUUGCCGAGAUGAAUUCCGUCUAUGUGCAGUACUGGGGGGAUGUUAAACCUUGUCGGACAUGCGUGGCGGUUAAGACUUUGCCCCUGAAUACGGAUAUUGAGAUUGAGUGUAUUGCUCAUCAGUAG